UUACGUCACAACACUGCCGUCGGGUAGUUUUUUUUUGCUUCUGUUCACUUGUUCACUUGUAAAUAAUGUUGUAAAUUACCGUUCGUAUUGAAUUGGAGUUAAGUGUUCGAUUUUGUUUCCGUUUUCAUGUAGAUAGAUCUACUAGUUUCAAGAAAAAAUUAUCAAAUGUAUGAAACCUGCUCAAAAAUGUCCUCAGCUGAUGUUUCGCCAGUUACAACACCAAGUUCAACCCCUUUGAGUGGUGGACAUCCUCCAAAGUUUGGUACAGUUAUACCAAGUAGAAUUUUUGUUGGUGGAAUUGCUGCAAAUACAACUGAUGCAGAACUAAAACAGUAUUUUUCUGCAUUUGGUGCUGUCAAAGAUACUAAGAUUAUAACAGAUCGGGCAGGAGUUUCUAAGGGAUAUGGAUUUGUUACAUUUGAGAGUCAAGAAGAUGCUGAUAGAAUAAUAAAAAAAGAGUCAGAUAAUCUAAUUUUUAAAGACAGAAAACUAAAUAUUGGCCCUGCUGUGAGGAAACAGGGCUUACCACGUCCUUAUGAUGCCAGCAUUCCACCUGGAUCUGUGCUUUUUACUAAUGGUGUGCCCUAUACCUAUCAGAAUGGCAUGGCGAUCUUUCAAACUCCAGAUGGAAAUUAUCCAUUGGCUCAGCCUCAGCAGUCAUAUGCAACAACUGCUGUCAUGAUUCCACAAAAUCAAGUUUAUAUGACUCCCCAGUAUCCAUAUCAGCAGUUAUCUUUGCAGAGUUCUUUACAACCAGUUCCUGCGAACCCAGGAUACAUUUGGGCAACUAUGCCAACAGCUGCAGAUGUUCUUUACCAAACACCCCAGGCAUAUCAAGGUGCUGAGCUUGCUGAUGCUACUUUCGUUGAUGGAACAACAGUGGAGACAAGCAGAUAUGCUGGCAAUGUGAUUCCUGUAGAGCAGACAUUGGCAAACCGCAUCCAUUCUCCCGUGACAGAAGUAAAUUGUACUUCAGACCAGACAUCUGUAGCCACUGUGCCUGUAAUUCCUGUACAAGCCGCUGCAAAAAAUGCUGUUGCCGGAUACAAGAAACAUUAUGCUCUCACAAGAAGGUCGUUUAGCAGCCCUACCAUUCUUGUGAAGCAUGGCCACAAGGUUCAAAGACUAAUGGUUUCAGGCACUUCACCACCUACAAUGUACAAUGGACAAAUUUUAAACCCAUGUAACCCAUCGGACACAGGUGAUGGUAGCGAUGCCUACAUAAGAUACACACACCUUCCUGGACAUUCUACUACAAAGUGAUGAAUCAUUUUUGAUGCAGAUUUCUGUACAGAUAUUAGGAAAAUUCCUCACACCUUAUUUUUGUAUUUUUAUUUAUAAAAUUAUUUCAUGUAAUGCUGUAGUUACAUAUUUUGGCAAAGAUUGAAAACAAUCUUCCUCAUAGCUGUAGAUGAGGAAACUACAAAAAAAAGGUGUGAGCAUUGGUAAAAACUAUUAUGCAAGUACUCUUGAGAUGGAUUGUACAUAGUUACAAAUAAAUAUUUAAGUUCAAAUU